UGGUGGUAUUCUUGGCUGGGGAGACAGCAACAUCCCAGUAUGAUAAGCCAGCAUCUGGGGAGGUCAAUCUUGAGAAGAGGAGGGAAAGAGAGCCUGGAGAAUUGCCCCCCAUACCUCCAGUCAUGAUUUUCACAGGAUGGGAAUGUGAACGUUGCUACCCUGGAUAUGGAAUCUACAUUGGCUUCAGAUGUAAAUAUGUCAUAGACAGAAAGUAUAGUAUUUUCAAUGUACCACCAUAUAGGAGUUGGUGGCAGUGCCAAGAUUGUCGGGACCAGAACUGCCCAGUCAACAAGUUCUUCGACUGUAGGUCAUGUAAACGAAAAUUCUGGCGCUAUUAAACAAGAAAUCUGUUGAUGAUCCUUCUGUUAAAAUAAAUUUAUUUGAAAUUGAAAAAAAAAAAAAAAA